CUUUUUUCUUAUACCAUUUUGACAUUCACACUCAUUUCGCUCGCUCGUUCAUUCACUUAUUCACACGUUCAUUUUUUUAUUUCUUAUCCACACCAUGGAAUCAGCACGGUCUCCGUCGUCUUAUUAUGCCACAGCUGAUAUCCAGCCUGGUAUGCAGGACAUGGCGCUCGAGCACCCACAUGAACCUGUCAGUAAGAAGCAACAAGAGGGAUUCCAUAUUAAUACAAGUACCACAACAAAUAGGUCUAUUGUACCUUUGACAGCUGAGGCCUUGGCUGCUCAAGGCAGUAGGAAGGCUAAUAGUAAUUUCCAUUCAAGUGCCUCAAUUGCAGCUGCCACACAGUAUAUUCCUGAAUUGCAUCUACAAAGGCGAUCACCUGCCCCUUCGGAUCAAUACGUACUCUCGGAGCGUCCUUCUUCUAUAAUGCCAACAACCACUGCUGCAAUACAGCCUCGAGGCACAUGGUCUCAUGUUCUAGAAGAGAUCCCUUCUGCAAAAGACAACUUUGAAAGCUCAGACAAUCAUCAUAUUGGCUCAACUGCGCGAUCCCACAAAAGCCAUUCAGUGGCCUCGUCUAAUUCAGACACAGCUCAAUCCUCAGGGCACUCUUCUGAGAACGAAUGUAAAGAUCGUUUUGAAAGACUACCCAAUGGUGGACAUCGACAUCAUCUUUCAGCACCAAAAAGGCAUCAGCACCUUGUAACACAGAUUCGUCGCCUGAAGGGAUUGUUAGAUGGCGGUAAGAAGGACAGAGAAAAAGAUAGGGCAGAAAAAGAUGAAAAAAAGGAAAGGCAUAGCCAUAGGAAUGGGCACGGCGUUCUUCGAGAGGCACUGGAACACCCGUUAUCACUACUGAAUGAAAAGAUUGAAGAUUUUGAGAAAGAGCGAGGUCAUCACCAUCAUGCAAACAAGCACAGUAUCAAGGAGGAAUUUGCAGCCAAAUACGGCGAUUUACAACAAGUUGUUGGCCGAGGCGCAUUUGGCAUUGUGAGACUGUCUGUGAAGAAGGACCCUGAGACUGGUGAGGAAACUACAUAUGCAGUCAAGGAAUUCAGACAUGAUCACAAUGAAGCACAGAGAACGUAUAUGCGUCGUUUGACAAGCGAGUUCUGUAUUGCAUCGUCGCUCAGGCAUAUCAAUGUGAUCCAGACUCUAGACUUACUGCAGCUUCAUGGUGACGCUUUUAGCGAAGUGAUGGAAUAUUGUCCAGGAGGGGAUGUCCAUUCCCUGAUCGCAAGUUCUGGGACUUUGAGUGAGACUGAAUCAAGUUGUUUCUUUGCACAGUUAAUCAACGGGGUUGCAUUCUUGCAUUCCAUAGGGGUUGUGCACAGGGAUCUCAAACCCGAAAACCUAUUGUUGACAGCGGAUGGUUGCAUCAAGAUUGCAGAUUUCGGAAACAGUGAAGUAUUCAGGAUGCCAUGGGAAAAGAAGAUUCGGUCAUCUACUUCCAUCCGUGGUAGCGGGCCUUUCAUUGCACCCGAAGAGUUCACAACCAAAACUUUUGACGGCCGCAAAGUAGAUAUGUGGGCUUGUGGGAUCAUCUACAUGUGCAUGAGACGCGGCCGCUAUAGUUGGGCGGAGGCAUCUAAAGGCGAUCCUAACUGGGAUGGCGUUCUUUACAAAAUCGAGCGAUGGCAGCAAAUGCAAGAAGCCUUGCCUGAAGUUGAUCAGAAUAAGCAGGCCCAUGGCCAUGCGCCUAAACACAUUCAUCUGGAUGCGAUCGAGCAGACGCUGCAUAUAUCGCUAGGAUGGCCCAAUCAUAUUUCAGAAGUUCUCAACCAUCUUUUGGACCCAAAUCCAAAGACUCGCUGGCAAGCUGGACAUGUCCUCGAUAGUGAGUGGAUGGAGAAAGUCGACAACUGUCAUCCAGCGGAAAGACCUGCGGACCAAGUCCUUAACGAGAGUGAUUUCGAUCCUGCUCCAAGUCAGCGUGUUGGAUCCAAAGUCUGGGAGAAUGAUAAUGGAGUGAUGGGCGACCAAAUCAUGAAUGAAGUUAAAAAUCGAUGUGAUAAGGGAUCUCAAGUUAACGACUCGAAUGGUGCAAAUGCUAAUCCUUUAAGACACUCAGCUGUUUACGAUAAAGAUGCCGUGCUUUCGCCUUCUAUCUCUCCCUCUUCAUCUCCUCCAUCUCCUACCGCUCGCGUCCCUUCCUCCGUUCCUUCUGCUGAUCAACACCAUAAGAUUGUUCUUUAAAAAGAUCUUUUAGCUAUUUAUGUCAUCAGGACCUUUCUUGCAUAUAACUGUACAAAAUAAAAGAAUCC